AUGGCAAGCCAUGGUCUGGUGGAUGGGGGCCUGCACACUGUUCCGGCGAUGGCAUGGCCAACAUGGCGCAACUCUAGGGGGGUCGAGCGGAGGCUCGACUAUAUUUUCCUAUCUAGGUCUCUGGGUCAGUUGUCUGGGUGCUUGUUGCCUGUGUUCUUUUCGGACCAUGACGGGGUGCUCCUGCAGGUGGGGGCACCAGUCUGCCUCUUCGGUAGGGGGUACUGGAAGUUAGAACGGGAGGUGCUGGAUGGGCAGGCUUUCGUCAACGCUUUUGUAGAUUUUUUUAGGAGGCUUGAAGGCCUCCGGUCCAUGUGUGAGGGGGUGUUAGAGUGGUGGGAAAUAGUGAAGGUGAGGAUGAGGGUUUUUAUAAUAGGACAGUGGAAGAAGAAAAAGAGGGAGGAAAAGAGGGAGGUUGAUCAUAUCCAGAGGCUGCUAGAACUCGAGCUUGAGGCAGGCAACCUCGGCGGGUCGGCAGACUGGGAGAGAUCCGCUGCCCUAAAGGCGCAGCUAAGGGAGGUGCAUGAGUGGAAGGCUCGUGCUUUCUUGAUGCGGGCGCGUAGUGGUUUUAUAGAACAUGACGAAACAUGUUCGGCCGGGUUCUUUAAAUCUGUAAGGGAAAGGCAGAGUAGGAAGGUAAUGUAUGGGGUUAGGGAAGAAAGCGGUAGAGUAGUGAGAGAGACGGAGGAAAUGGUCAAGAUGACCACGGAGCAUUUCCAAGGUUUCUUUCAAGAGAGGGCAGUAGAUGUAGAGCAGGGGAAUGUGUUUUUAGAACACCUGUCCCGGCAAGUGCGGAGGACAUUAGAAAAGCAAUGGAGGCUGAGAUCUCCCUAGAAGAGGUUGAGAGCGCCCUCAGGAGGAUGGGAAAAGGGAAGGUGCCCGGGAUGGAUGGGCUGCCGGCGGAGUUUUACCUCAAGUUUUGGGGUAUACUUGGGCCAGUAGUCCUCGAAGUCUUGAAGACCAUCCUCGAGACAGGGGUCCCGGGGGGAUCGAUGGCCGUAGAUGUGCUGUCACUUCUGUACAAGAAGGGGGACGCCACAGAUCUCGGCAACUGGCGGCCGUUGACCAUGCUGUGCGUAGACUACAAGCUACUUGCGAAGGUUCUAGCGGACCGGUUGCGCACAGCCCUUCCCUACGUCAUCCAUGAGGAUCAGACGUGUGGGAUAGAGGGACGCUCUAUUAGGUGGAACCUGAGUUUGAUCAGGGACUCCAUUGCUUGGGCAGAGGAUAGAGGGCUGCCGCUAAUGGUAGCAGCACUCGACCAGGCUAAAGCCUUUGAUCGAGUGAAUAGAUCUUUUCUUUUCAGGGUGUUAGGCAGGUUAGGUUUUGGGGAGAAGUAUAUAGGGUGGAUCCGUGCUUUAUAUGUCGGAGCAGGGUGCCGGGUGAACGUAAACGGUCACAUGGGUGACGUUUUUGACCUUGAGUCUGGGGUCAGGCAGGGGUGCCCGCUCUCGGCACUCCUCUUCGUUCUGUACAUGGAGCCUCUGGGGGCUGCCAUUAGGGCAGACACAGGGGUGGAGGGCAUGCUUAUCCCUGGAAGCGGUGGGCUGCAUGUUAAGAUGACCCAGUACGCAGACGACACUUCCUUGUUGCUAUGCAAGGACUCGUGCCUGACUAGGUCCCUUGUCAUCAUAGGGGAAUUCACCCGAGCGUCGGGAGCGGUCCUCAAUCACGCUAAGUCAUCCGUUAAGUAUUUCGGAAGAUGGCGUGGGAGGACGGAUGUGCCUGGGGGGUUAUCUCUCUGUAGUGGGGCCCUGAAGAUUCUCGGGGUCCUUUUUGAGACCUCUGGCUCAGCGACGCUGAACUGGAACAGGUGCAUCGCAGUGGUGCAGAGGAAGGUGGGGAUGUGGAGGGCUAGGUCAUUGUCUUUUAUAGGCAAGGUCCUGGUCCUCAAGGUGGAUGUGUUGCCGUCACUAUUGUAUAUGGCGUACGUCUACCCAUUGCCAGAGAGUCUGAGAGUGCCUCUAGUGAGGCUGGUGUUCCAGUUAAUGUGGGGUGGCAGGCAAGAGUAUGUCGCGAGGGUACGCAUGCUCUGUCCCAUCGGGGAGGGAGGUAGGGGGGUACCACAUUUCCCCCUCAAGCUGGAUUCAAUUUUUGUUUCAUAUUUGUUGACUGAGCUGGCUCAUCCGGUAAUACACCCGUCUGGUUACCUCCUGCGGGUGUUUUUCUCUUACCAGGCGAGAAUGCGUAAUGGUGUGGACUAACACGGGUCCUCGGGCGGAACAGCUGCCGUGGCACUUUGGCUAUGCGGCCAAGUGGCUGCGUGGUCACCCCGAGGUUGAAGUAGCCCGAGUAGGUUUAGAUCACAGGCACCUGUACGAGGAGGUGAGACGGGGAGGGUGUCCCGGGCCGGUAUUGGGUAUCCCGGCUGUGGUUUGGGAAGGAGUGCAGGUGUGAGGUCUGGAUAACAGGCUCAAGGACCUGAAUUGGUUGAGCCUCCAUAAGGGCUUGCCCGUACGUUCCAUCUUGUACGGGCGUGGCUUGACUCGAUCCCCCACCUGCCCAAGGCCAACUUGUGGCGGGGAGGAGACGGUGCGCCAUGUUUUUUGGGACUGUGCUUUCGCCGGGGUAGUGUGGGCUAGGGCACAGGGUCUGAUAGGCAGGGUGAGAGGGGAUUUUGUGGUUACAUGGGCUAGGGUAGAUAGAGGGGUAGGGAGAGCGAGGGGGACGGUUAGGGACAGGUUUCUGCUCUGGCUUCUCAUAAGCCUCUUUAAACAGGGUUUGUGGGAGGCUAGGCAGAAAUUGGAAAGGACAGGGGGAGAAGGGGGUGUGGAGGGGAUAGUGAGGAGGGUGGAGAGAAAUUUGAGGGGGAGGAUGAAGGGAGAGGAGAAGAAGUGGGGGCAGCAUGCUGCUCGGGAGAGGUGGAAGGGGGGUUUAGGAUUAGUGUAG